AUGACAGACGAAGAAAUUGUACCCCCAACUUUCGCUGAGAAACUUCUAUUUUACACAACAGCCACUUUCGUUCUACUCGGGACGUUCAGCCUCUUUGCAUUCCUUUUCCUCGUACCAUUUGUCAUAGAGCCAGCCUUCACUACAAUAUUCAUGCAAUUCGAUCCAGUCGCAGCACUAUGCGUUACCACAGGGGUAAAGCAUCUUGUUGGCGCCAGCAAUUGCUCCUGGGCAUCGUGCAGGGAAGGCUGCACCAAGGACUUGUUUGAGUGCACCCAGAUACGCGUCAACUACAAACUGGGUAUAUACCCCAAUGUAACUCCGACAGAAGACCUGGAAACUUUAAUUAGAGAAGAGAGGGCGCUGCGAAAAGACUACGACUACGAAAACUACGAGGUUGCGGCUGAUAAAUCGUAUCCAGAAAUGGGGGAAGAAGAUCUACCUGAUGCUUUACCAACGGGAUUGCAAGGCAACGACUCCGAAUGGUACUUCACUGGUGCUCGGCUGUUCCCAAAUGUGAAAGGUUGUGGGUACCCGCCUAUCCUCAACUGCACGAUCUUCUACGCGAAGCACAAACCAAUUGGCAAUAACUACACCUGCUAUUACAGCCGCGUGGACCCAGGACUUGUCAUCACUGAGCUGGAUAUGUGGCAGAACACUCUAAACUUGGUGUAUGCCAUGGCAAUACCUAUACCGUCAUUCAUAAUAUCAGUGAUAUAUUUGACGUUUGCUUACUUUAAGAUUUAUAAUACUGAGGAAGAGUCUGAACAAGCGCCAUUGAAGAGCGAUGCUGAGGCGAUGGCUACUGGUGAUGAUGAGAAACCAACAACCCCAGGAUCUGAUACGUUUAGGGAGGAUCUGGCCUGUUUUGGACAUCAGCUAAAGAUGCAACUGGCUAAUGAGAAGCCUAAAGAGGGCUUCGAGUCCAACAGUCCGCCAAUUUCCAAUUCUGCUUCAUUGUCUGGGACCAAGUCAUCGUUCGUGAACGCCUAACGUGACUAACAACAAAUAACACAGAGAUGACACGAUUCCUGAAGAGGCGGGUUUGGUUACAGAGUGCAUCACGAGAUGAGCUGAACAAUAUUAACAAACUUUAUGAUCUAUAUUGUGCUCCAUAUGUGAUUUAUAACACGCUUGAGUAUUGCUGUUCCUCUCAUUCUAUUCUGUAAGAGUGUAUGAGUGAGAAGGUAGGAUAGACACAGUAUGAAAGCAAGACUUUGAGAAGGUCGAAAACGGGCG